AUGCGCCAAUAUUCCGGAAAGAGAGCCCGUUCUCCGGAACCAGGCAGUCCCAUAGACCGACCCUCUAAAAGGCUUUCUUUGGCGACUGGCCUUUCAGGACGCGCCGGCCCCGGAUACCGAGCAGCUAGUAGCAGUCGGGAAACUUCGGAAGAUUGGGGUUGGGUUCGGCAGACAGGAGACCUGGCCAUUGCUAGUCUGGCGUGUGGUGCUUUCGCUGGUAGGGGUAUUGAUGAAGAAAGGUUGGAGUCAGUGGCGGACAUUGACAUGGCUAUAGAUCAUGAUGCGACUAUGGAUGAGAACUUCGAUGGACCUUCGUUGCAGGGUUUGGCUACACAUUCGAAAUUAACUUUACCUCCUGCGUCACAUCGACCCAACCAAGCCUCGUCGACCUUAGACCAACACAGUGCUUUGUCUAGCGCAUCUAGGCUGUCGUACGUGCAUAGUAUUAAUAUGGCUUCCGCUUACUCUGCGGAUGCUCUGCCUGAACCCGUGUCAACUCCACCACCCCCGCCCAGUCCGGCGCCGAUGUCGAUAUCACCCGAGUCUUCCUUCGUACAAUUACCUCAAAGUCAGAGAAAACCUCGGUUUACCAUGGGUCCUCGGUCAGAUUGCGAAAAAUGCCGACUUGGCGUCAAAGGACAUUGGAUGCAUUUGGAUUAG